AUGUCACAUUCAAAACAAGAUGAACAAAACCAGAUCCUAGAACCAUUACUUGACUGCAGACGCUCUCAUUGGAUAAUAAGCAGCCAGCGCGCCGCAGACUUAUAUGACUCGGGAGUCAAGCUAUGGAGAAAAGAGGAUCUUGCAGAUAUCGAACAACAGCUUGCGCACUCCCGUACCACGGAGAAGUUUACUGUCCGCCGUAUCGACGGUAGUGUCAUUCACAUAAAGAAUCCGAUGUUUGGGGUGCAGAAGCCAAUCUGGAGGCCAUAUGUUAAAUUUCAAGAGUUCUGGCAUCUCGUCCAAACCACACCUGAUGGUCCACCCGAGAUGUACUCCUGCACCUACCUCGUAGAGUGGAAAAAUGAGACGGUACCCAACUGUGAGGGACAGAUCGAGAACGUGCGAUCGUUGUUUGAAAAGUCUCGAAACCGAUGGAACGACAGCGCGACUUGCGAGGCCUUCACGUCACAAAUUCGGCAAUCUCCUAUGUGGGAAUGGGAAUGCGAAGAAGGCGACUUGAACUACAAGCCGCCUGAUUGGUGGAGGGAGCAGAACAGCUCCAAGUCAACGGUUGAACAAGAACCGGAAACAAGCGUGAUAGAAACAUCCUUGAUACAUCAUGCGAUUGCGUUAACAAUGGCCGACGUAACACGUUCCCAUGCCGAAACGAGGGACGUAAGGGUAAGGCUGCUUACUCAAGACCCUCUUUACUCGAAUGAGACGAAGGAUGUGUUACGGGAGAUUGGAUUUGAAGUUAUAGGAGAUCAUGGGGCCGGAGGCUUUGCAGAGCUCGAUGACGUGUGUAUAGUUUUCUCCCCUUUUGUUAGCGCACCGGUCAAGCAGAUCAUUGCGGAUCUCGCUCGGCCAGCCGUCAUCAUCUGCGUGAGCUCCAAUACCGUGUUCAAUAAAUUCCACAAACCGUACAAAGAUCCAGAUUCUCCGAGGACAAAGCAGAUGUGGAAAGAAUAUGAAAGCUGCGAAUUUCCAGUUCGGCCCGAGAUUGACCUGCUAGACGGCUCGCUGCAUCAGUUGAUAAUACAUGCUAGACUUGAUGACCAGAAACCGUGA